GGACUACAACUGCGGUGCUUUCCACACUGGCGUCGAGGUCUACGGAAUGGAAUACGUCUUCCAGUACUAUGCAAACGAGCUUUCUGGUAUUAGCGCGCAGAUACCGAGAACUGAUUCGGCUUACGUGUAUAGAACCACGAUCGACAUGGGCUGGACGAACUACAGCAAUGACGAAGUUCACAGGAUAAUUUACGAGGAAAUGCGGCCUCAGUGGAUUCACAACACAUACCACAUCACAAAAAGGAAUUGUGUCCAUUUUUCCUCAGCGCUUUGUCGCCGACUGGGCGUCAAAGACGUGCCUGACUGGGUUUUCGGAGCAGCUAAGACGGCCGAUGCAACACGUGGUAUCUCGGCACUCGCUGACGCGGCGUGGCGCGCGGCGAAGUACUGGAAUUCCUAUUACUAUAAUGACGAUGACGAUGGGGAGAGCACUGGCAGAAAUGAAGUUGAUCCGGAAACUACCACCGUCACUUUCCCUUACCACGUGCAGCAGUGA